UGUUUGAAAGGGGGGUUUUUGUUUCUUAUAUAAUAUAUAUAUACACUAGUAGUCUACAAGACUCAUUAGUGCAAAGAAGAAAACAUUUUUUUUGUGAGGUCUACUUACGCGCUCUCCUUUGAGGCAAACUGACCUCUGGGACUGCUUUUGGCCUCUUGGCUGCAAGCCUGCAUAGACAGUACUUAAAUGUUUUUGGUGGGGUUUGAACCUGAGAUUUCUUGAGACUCUAAGUUUUUUAUGCCAUGCCCAUUACCAUUUGGGUAACCCUUGUUGGCAAAGAAGAAAGCAUAGAGCCUAUUUUCAUACAAUUAUAAAACGAGGACAAAUCACUCUAAUUACGUUACAUUGUGUGUUGACCACGAUGAAGAGUCAAUAGUUGCUCAACUGUGAAGCAGUCAAAGUUGAAACUCACCGCCAAAUUUCUAAAGGGAAAAGCUCUGCUGGAUCACCUCCAUAAAAGGAACAACUCAAACAGUUCCAACAUUUGCAAGUUAUACAUUUUCUUUCUUCUCCCUAAAAACAAAGAAGAAGAAACACAGAAGAUAAUGAGUGAACAUCAACCCUAUAUUUUCUUCUUCCCACUAAUGGCCCAAGGCCAUAUGCUUCCGACAAUAAACAUGGCGAAGUUGUUCAGUUCUCGGGGGAUAAAAGCAACCUUAAUCACAACCCACCGACACGCCGCCAUGUUCAACAAAACCAUCGAGAAAAGCCUCCGUUCAGGAUUUCCAAUCUCCGUUCGCGCGAUCCGAUUCCCGGCGGCAGAAGUUGGCUUGCCUGAGGGAUUUGAGAGUCUGGAUGAUGUAACAACAGAGGACACGCUCAACAAAUUCUCAGCCGGCGUAGCCAUGCUGCGGGAACCAACGGAAGAGCUCAUUCGAGAAUGCAGACCGGACUGUCUGGUUUCCGACUUGUUUCUCCCCUGGACUACUGAUUCUGCAGCAAAAUUUGGCAUACCCAGAUUGUGUUUUCACGGGUCAAGUUCUUUCAAUUCAUCUGUAGCCGAAAAUAUUAAGCGCUACAAACCGUACAAAGAAGUCGCUUCUGAAUCCGACCCUUUUUUCCUGCCUGAUUUUCCUCAUCAAAUUAAAUUAACCAGAGCUCAAAUACCCGAAAGCCUGAUCAAGGAGGACCAGGACCAACAUCAAACCGAUUUUGGAAAGAUGAUUCAAAAAAUUUCGGAUUCAGUAGCAGGAUGCUACGGCGUUAUAGUUAACAGUUUCUACGAGCUUGAAUCGGAUUACGUUAAUUAUAACAAAGAAACAUUCGGGAUCAGAGCGUGGAAUAUAGGUCCCCUGUUUCUACAGAUCGACGGAGAAGAAUCGGAACCAUCCAUCGAUAAGCAUGAUUGCUUGAAAUGGCUGGAUUCCAGGGAGACCAAUUCGGUUGUUUUCGUCUGUUUUGGAAGUUUGUCUCAUUUCACAGCAGCCCAACUGCAUGAAAUAGCAAAGGGUCUCGAGUCCUCUGGCCAGGAUUUCAUAUGGGUAGUGAGAAAAUGCAUAGACGAGGAAAACAGAGAGAAAUGGUUCCCUGAGAAUUUUGAAGAGAGAAUUAAAGGGAAGGGAUUGAUUGUAACGGGUUGGGCACCUCAAGUUUUGAUUCUGCAACAUGAAGCCGUGGGAGCAUUUGUGACUCAUUGUGGAUGGAACUCUGUACUGGAAGGUGUGUGUUCUGGGUUGCCAAUGGUGACCUGUCCUUUAUUUGCAGAUCAAUUUUUCAAUGAAAAGCUGUUGACUGAUGUAUUGAAGAUUGGAGUUAGCGCCGGAGCACAUAAGAAUAGCUGGAUUUCGAGUGACGCUGUGAAGGAUGAAGCUUUGGCCAAGGCAAUUGAGAAAGUGAUGGUGGACGAAGAAGCUGUUGAAAUGAGAAACAGGGCAAAGGAAUUGAGUGGUUUGGCAAAGAAGGCAGUUGAAAAUGGUGGAUCGUCGUAUUUGGCUUUCUGGGCUCUAGUAGAAGAAUUGAGAGCUUAUGGUACUACAAGAAAACAAGAGUAAUCAAAGAGAUAAUCAUCUCAAUUGCAAGAUUCACCAGACUUUACGCAUAUGAUACUUUUGUCCGGAGUGAGUUUUCUUCUUUGUGCCACGAAUCAAAAAGGAAAUAAAGGUUGAAUAAAUUAAUCAUUUUUCAUUGUUCAUAAAUCUUCAUCAUUGACUUGGAAAAUUCAGACCUCAUUGAGAAUGCACCAGCAUACUCCAUCUCAUUAAGUAAAGUGGUCGCGAUCAAAUAACUUUGUGAAUAAAUUGUUUUGGUUAGUUCCUAGUUUGGGCAAAAACCAAUCGGUAUUAUACUUUAGUAAAAUAAAAUAUUAGGGAACAAGAAGACUCCCG